CUUGUGCUGCUUCGUCGGCUUUGCUGAUAUACAAAUAAAUGUCCAUAAACAUUUUUUUGCGGGGAUUAUCCAUAAACAUGUACAUGGACGAUCUAGUUUGGCCGUUAGAGAUUUUUUUUUUUUUGGUUGGUAUGUACUCCAGAGACGAGAUAUGCAUGCCCGCCGGAGAUAUCUGCAGUAUCUGUUUAAAUGGAGAUUUGCACGGGAGAGUAGGAUCCCGGCUAGCCGUGGCAACACAAUCUGAGAGCGCUGCCCUCCCGGAGCGACGGGCGGAUUCCUCAGCGCCGGCGGCGACAAGCCGGAGAGCUACCUGCGGGCCGACCGUUUCGGCCUAGAGGACCUGGACGUGGUGGUGUGGAAGAAGACCCUCGCCAUGGAGAAGCAGCUGCGCAAGGGGGAAGGCGACCGGCCCAUGGCGUCCUGGGAGAUCGACCUCGCCAAGCUCGACAUCCACCACCGGGAACCGCCCGGAUCCUUCGGCAGCUUCUGCAGCGCCACCUAUAAUGGCAGAAAGGUCCUGGCUAAACUAUUGGACCAGGGAGAAGAUGGCUUUAUGACAGAGACUGAAAUUUCUACUCGGCGCGAAGCAUUCAGGAAGGAGGUUGCGGUCUGGAAGGAGCUCAACCACCGAAAUGUUGCAAGGUUCAUCGGUGCAUCAACGGGUACCACUGACCGUAGCAUUCCGGCUGAUAGUGGCGAGAGCAGUGCACCCAUUGAUCUGCCAGAGAGAGCCUGUUGUGUUGUCGUUGAAUAUCUCUGUUUAGGAACACUGAGACAACGUCUAUAUGCUCACAGAGAGAGAAAGAUCGGAUACAAAAUUGUGGUUGAGUUUGCGUUGGAUUUGGCCAACGGACUGAGCUAUCUUCACUCGAAAGAUAUCGUGCAUCGGGAUGUCAAACCUGAGAACAUGCUUCUUGACGCAGAAGCGGUCGUUAAGAUCGCCGACUUUGGCGUCACCCGUGUCCAAGCUAAGAAUCCGGAGGACAUGACAGGCAUGACAGGCACUCUCGGUUACAUGGCCCCGGAGGUUAUUGAGGGCAAGCCAUACGACAGAAAGUGCGAUGUUUACAGCUUUGGGAUUUGCUUGUGGGCGAUCUACUGCUGUGACAUACCGUACUAUCCAGGCAUGAGCUCCAUAGAGAUCUCGUCUGCUGUUGUUCACAAUAAUCUGCGACCUAAGAUCCCACGCUGCUGCCCAACCCGGUUGGCGAACAUCAUGAAGAGAUGCUGGGACGCUGACCCUGAUAAGCGGCCCGAGAUGAAGGAGGUGGUGCAUCUCCUGGAGGAUCUUGACACGACCAAGGGCGGAGGCAUGAUUCCGGAAGGGACGAACCCCGGGUGCUUCUGCUUUUUCGGACCCCGGCGUGUAGGUCCAUAGAUUGUUCUCCAGCUGAUGGGGCUUCAGCAAAUGUUGCCAUUAGUUUUGAAAUGUGUGGGUGUAGUUUACUACUCUCUCUGUUCCAAAAUACUUGUCGUGGUUUUAGUUUAGGGAAUAUGAAUUUAUAACUCUCAGAAAGUAUAGGAAUACAGAUGGAUAAUUUGGCACUUGA